GAAGUCACGCCAACGUCUGGCACCGGCCCCUCCGUCGACCCUUUCCAAUCGGCCCUUGGCAUCCUUUGCGAAAGAAAUUUUUAAAAGGAAAAGAAACAAACGGGUCCUAUUUGGACAAACGCGUCUUUACGUCGUGUGCGCUUUGUGAUAACGGGUGGAAAAAGUGAAAGAACGAAGAAAACCGAUAAGGAAUAGUGAAGAUAGAAGUGUUGAUCGUCAGUGUUGUCCUUCGAAGAGAGAGAGAGAGAGAGAGAGAGAGAGAGAGAGAGAGAGAGAGAGAGAGAUGACGACUCUCUGUGAGUGAAUACAGUGUUCAUCCUUUGAUCCUUCGUUACGUUGUAAUCGUGAGAUCAAAAAUCGGUGAUAUAUUUGCGUAUAUUAAUUUUUUUCGUAUUGGCUUGCGUCUUUAAUGUUUAUUUUCUUUUUCUUUUUUUCUCUCCUUUCAUUUAAUCUUUGUAUUAACGGCAUGACAUUCACGACGACUAUUAUCGCACGUUGAUUACCUAGGCUCGAGGUAGAAUAAGAAGGAAAGAGAAAGAAGAAAGAUCGAUUGGAUAAAAGCAUAAGUCAGGUCUCGAGGAAAAAAGUGAACUAAUAUUUGCCGAAUCUCGCUCCGUCCAAAGAAGAGAUGACUCGCCUCGAGACAAAAAAAGCGACCAAGUGAGCUGUUCUUUAUCAACCGGUCUAAGGCUCCUUUGAAUUAUUUUCUAAAUUAAAAUGAAACGUAUACGCAAAUAUCCGCGAGUGAAUGGAAUUAAUACCUUGAUAUAUAAAUAUCUUUUGUCGUUUCAAGUCAUUCAAUUCGUUUUUAUUAGUGUAAUUAUGUCAAUGUGAUUUCCAUAAAGUGUUUGAUUAAAAAGUUUUUUAUUAAUGAGGUGGAGAAGCGUGCGGAUAUCUACGAUUACGAACGAUAGUAUGAUAAACAAUUAAAUGAUAAAGAAAGAGGGAUGUCGAGCUUCGAAGUAAGAUCAGUUAGCCACUCUCGACUUCGUUUUCCGUCGGGAGGUGGCUUGGUCGGUUUGUUAAAUUGGCCAAUGUUUAGAUGCGUUCGGUAGGUCCUGACGAACGCAAAUAUGUUCUCGAAUAUUUUUUAGCCGGCUCGAAACUUUUCUAGAUAGAGAAGAUGAGCGAGAAAGAUUCGAUUCUCUUGGAAAAUAUUAUUAAGUGAGAGUCGAAUGAAGAGAAUUAAUCGUAGAAUAACCAGGUGAUCAUCGUCAUCGUGGACGAUCGAUCGUGAAAGAUCUAAGAAACGGGGAUCAGCUAUAGAAUGUUCAGGUGAUCAUCAUCGAAUAUCAAAGAUUAAGUAUCGGGAAAAAAGAUGUCCAGGUGGUCUACAUCAUCGUCGAUGAUCGAUUAAGGAUCGAACAAAAAGGAUCAAGAAGAGUAUGUUCAGGUGGUCAUCAUCAUCGUCGAUGAUCCUGGCGUCGAUGAUCCUGGUGUUGGAGCUGGUGCUCGCCGCGCUGGCAGGCGCCGAGCUCAGCUCGAGAAUCGUCAGGACGAAAUACGGCGAGCUGUCCGGUGUGAUAGUCACUCUCGAUCGUUAUCUCGAGGGCGUCGAGGUAUUUCGUGGCGUACCGUACGCCUCGCCACCGAUUGGUACCUUACGCUUUAUGCCACCAGUUAGCGGCGCCUUGUGGCACGGCGUCAAGGUCGCCGACAAGUUCGGUCCUGUCUGCCCGCAAAAGCUUCCGGAAUUGACCGACAAGAUGCCGAAAGGUAGACUCGAAUAUCUCAGAAGACUGCUACCCUAUCUUCGCAAUCAGAGCGAGGAUUGCCUCUACCUCAACAUUUACGCGCCUGUUCAAGGACUCCUUUUUCAUCGCGGAGUUUUGAUGUCAGGUAGCGCGCUCUCGCCUUGGGCGCUGGUAAGAGGGGCUGCUAAUUACGCUAUGCAAGUUGCCAAACAUCUGAAUUGCUCGUCGGUUGCUGGUGAUCCACAAGCGCUGUUACGGUGUCUCAGGGACGUACCGUUGAACACUUUGAUAUCGGUACCGGUGAAGGGUCUAGAAUUUGCUCCAGCCUUUGGCCCAAGCAUAGACGGUGUUGUCAUCGAUCCAGGAGAUCCCGAGGAUCAAGACUUCACAUUGCAAGUGGAUACGAUCAACACAUUGAACAACAUUUUAUUGAGAAAGGACGUCGUGGCAAAGCUCUCGAGGUACGAUCUAAUGGUAGGUGUAGUACGUUCCGAAGCGUAUUUUUCAUUAACCGCGGACGACGCUCAAUACGGUAUUGAAGCCGACAGAAGAACGAAAAUACUUCGAGAAUUCGUACGGAAUACUUACACGUAUCAUCAACCAGAAAUUUUGGCUACGAUCAUUAAUGAAUACACGGAUUGGGAGAGACCCGUCCAGCAUCCUGUUAAUAUUAGAGACGAGACACUAGAAGCUCUUGGCGAUGCUAACACUGUCGCACCCGCUACAAGAACUGCGGAUCUUCACAGCCAAUCUCAUCGAAACUCCUAUCUCUAUGUUUUCGACUAUCAAACCAAAUUCGGAGACUAUCCUCAGAGACCGGGCUGUAUCCAUGGCGAAGAGCUACCAUAUUUUUUUGGAGCACCGAUAGUCGGAGGCUUGGCACACUGGCCGAAAAAUUACACCAGAGCGGAAAUUGCUCUAUCCGAAAGUGUUAUAUUGUACCUGACGAAUUUCGCGCGUACUGGUAAUCCUAACGAGGGUACGCCCGAUCCUGGUCCAAUGGGUUCGAGACCCGAGCGUACGAAGUUCAAGAACAUCGAUUGGACCGCUUACGAGGCGGUGCACAAGAAAUAUCUAAGUAUAGAACUCAAGUCAAAGUUGAAGAACCACUACAGAGCGCACAGGCUCUCCUUUUGGUUGAAUCUCGUGCCUGAUCUCCAUAAACCUGGUUCCGACGACGUUCCUAGGUCCCAUCAUCUUUUGGAUGCGGAACAGGUACCACCAAGAUUCAUUCAAAGAGUACCAACGACGGCACGUACGACGACAUCGGAAGUGACGAUUGUUGAUAGGCCACAAAACGGUUCAACCGCAAUACCAAGCGAAUUAGCUUUCGAGGAUUCAAUCAGUCAACCGGAAGACGGUUUUGCUGCUUACUCGACAGCACUCAGCGUGACGAUAGCGAUCGGUUGUAGUCUUUUAAUCCUGAACGUUUUGAUAUUUGCUGGGGUCUAUUAUCAACGUGACAAGAGCAAUCAACAUAGUUGUUCGAAGAAACGACAGGAGAACGGACAAAUGCCAAACAAUAUAUGUGGCGAAUUAGAAACGAAGACUGCCGAGAGACAUCAUAUACAGCACAUACCACCCCCUGAAUUCGCAGAUCUACAAAAUAAUACUUGUCAUGUGCCGAUGCCUCCACCACCUCCGAAAAAUACGAAACCGGGAAAACCAACUCAAAAUCUUAUCAUCAGCCCUAAUCAAUUGCAACAGGAAAGUCUAGCUAUGUCGGCUGCCGGCACAUUGAAAAAAGGACAUAAUCAUCAGCAACAGAUCAUGGAGGAACUAAGGGUUUGACUUUAGGAGUUUCUACCUUACCGAUAUGUACCGCGACGGAUCCAUCCAACAGAAAAGAACUCUCGAUAAAAUGGGCCUAUCGGUUAGGAGGCUCGUACGCAAAACUGUACGCAAACUGUUAAUUUCUUUCUCGUAUCUCGCGAUAAACAAAGAAUAAGAAGAAGGGAGAGAGAGAGAGAGAGAGAGAGAGAGAGAAAAGAAAAAAAAUAAAAAGCGCACGACACAAAACGCGAGAGAACGUAUCCGUCUUCGUCGUCCUCUCAAUACGGUCGAGUCGACGCCGAUUAUGCCAAAAUAACAAAAAAAAAGAAAAAAGAAAAAGAAGAAAAAAAAACUUAAAAAAUAAACCGACUGUUUUCUACCUUUAACAAAAAUUACCGACCAACUGCCGAGAAUUCUUAGUAUUCGAUCAAGAAACUAAUCUGCCAUAAUCCGUAGAGAAAAAGCCUCAAUCGUUCGAGACUUUGACCUUUGGACCGAACACUAUACAUACGAAACGUUACGUUUACGUAAACGUCCGAUAAAAGUUUGCCAGUUCAAAGGUCGAAUUUCUCUCCCCGACGAUUGAUAUUUUUGUCAGUGCUGUUAUUACUCGAACAUGGAUUGGGUAAUGUUUUACGUAAAUAUAUCGUUCCAACAGUCGCGCCUAGAUUUUUAAAUGGAGCGCAUAUCCCGUCGCUUCGUUCUCUUAAUGAGUCAUUAAGCUCUGUAAAUAAUAAUCUCGCAUCAUGUAAAAUGCGUUAAAAUAUACGCGGGAUAAAUCGGAGAUACGCGUAUGCUGUGUAUUGAUGGAUCUCGAAAGAGUAAUAUGUACGGGGGCCCCUAUGAAAAAUCUACAAAAUGGAGUCAAAUUUAGAUUAUAGAUAAUCGAUGAAAAUGAAACUUUUCGUGUAUAUUAAAACAGCAUAUCUUAUUAUACGCGUUUCCGAUAUAAUCCCAUGUACAUUGUACAUAAAUAUUCAUCAUUUUGUUCACCGUUUCACAUAAAAAUAGACUGACAAUGGAGUUGCUCUUAUCGAGUAACGUUGUACCAGAAUGAAUGAAUGAAUGAAGCAACGUGAGCAAAUAUAUAUAUAUAUAUAUAUAUAUAUAUAUAUAUAUAUAAAAAAAAAAAAGAAAGAUAACAAAUCAUCAUUCUCUAAGAGAAAGCAAAAUCGAACUGCCGUCAUCCGAGAUUAUAAUUCGCGUUCCGGUCGUCUGCAUUUGAAUAAAAAUGAAAAAAAAAAAAAAAAGAAAAAGAAAAAAGAAAAAAAAAGAAAAAAAAAUUCUCUCUUCGGUAGACAGUGAACAUCCACCAUGUUGGAUCGAUCGGAACUGCCGACAGUACUGAAAUCAAUUUUCUCUCAAUUAUACGUGUCUUCUUUUAUCUUCUUUUUUUUGUUCCAUUUCUUUUUCUUUUUUUUUUAUCUAAGAGAUUAUGCACACGGCGUACGAUCGAUAUUUGAAAAACACUAAACGAGUAAUUUAUUAUACGAUUAUUAUUACUGAAACUAAGAAUCGAUCGUGUAAUAAUAAUAAUAAUAAUAAUAAUAAUAAUAAUAAUAAUAAUAAUAAUAAUAAUAAUAAUAAUAAUAAU